AUGGCUACCACCAUGUCUCCACUCACCACCGAAGAGCUCCACCACUUUCACAAAACCGACCGCAGCCUCUUCCGCUUCCUCAUCUUCAAACUCCGCCGUGACAUCACGCAAUCCCUUCUUGUCAUGGCCCUGUGGCUAUGGCUAGAACACAUUGGCUACCCUAACCUCAUUCACACUAUCAUGCAACUACAAAACCAGCCUUCCCUCGUGGCCGCCGUGGUCGACGAGGCCGCCGCAUGCCUCGUAUUCCUCGAGACAGAAAACCUCAGCAGUGGCGGUGGCGGUGGCGGAGGCUUAUUCUUAACGAAAAAGUUAAUCCAAAGAGACAUCUCAAUUAGAAUCUUCCAUGAGAGAAGGUACACUGCACUUGCCGGAAUCAAAAGCGUUCUUAAAAACAUAUGCAGUAGAAUCUUCUUAGACAUCUUGCAUGGUAAUAAAAAUAUUCUCCAAAAAAGAAAUAAAAAUAAUAAUCAUCACAAAAAUGGCAACGUUCUUGUUAUCACGUCAUCGAAGAAAAUGCAUAAUAGUAAUUUCACUAAUUUGUCUACUUCCCCGGGUUUUCGCCACACUUUCUUUGGCGACAUUAUUGGCAUGAUGAUGACACCACCGCCGCAAUUAGUAGAGGCAUCAUCUUCAAAUCUCGGUUUGCUUCAUGAGAAUAAUAUAUGGAAUGGGAAGAGGCCCUCCGAUGAUGUUUGCAAAGAGGAUAGAACAAUGUUCUUGACAUUCUCUAGAGGCUUUCCGGUGUCGGAGAAGGAAGUCAGAGAAUUGUUUGGGGAUGAAUGUGUGGAGAGUGUAACCAUGGGUGGCGGCGGCGGCAACGAUGGUCGCCAGAAAUUGUAUGCGGUGAUGGUGCUAAAGAAGGUGGCCAUGGUGGAUCGGAUUCUCAAUGGUAAAAGGAUUGCAAAGCAUCAUAUUAACGGCAAACAUAUUUGGACUCGCAAGUUUGAAUUUCACUCUUAUUGUUAA